UUAUGCACGACACGUGAUAUCCCCGCUUCCAUCUCCAUGGAUCCUGUGCCUUACUGUUCUAGCUAAAGAACAGCUCUCUCUCUCUCUCUCUCCAUCUGUCAAAUCUGUUAUCAUCUUCCCAACUAAUUCACUCUGAGAUUAUAAAUUCUUCAAUUUCUCUUUUUCCAUUUAUCCACAUGCCGAUUAAUGGCGCUCCUCACCUCUCUCUCACUUCUCCCUCCUCCUUCACCUUUCUGUCGCAGGCUCUAUCAUUCAACUUCACCACCUUCUUCAAUUUCAUUUCCUCCCUUUAACUGCCAAUCGAAAUCCCAGCCUUCCUUUCUAAUUUCCAAAAACGACGCCGUGUAUUCAUCUUCUGUCGUCAGCGUCGGCGAGGACUUGCCUGCCGAUUAUGACCAGUGGUUACCAAAACGCGAUCCUGCUCAACGCAGAAGGGCGGGGAUUUUGCUUCAUCCGACAUCGUUUCGAGGACCGUACGGUAUUGGGGAUCUUGGAGAUGAGGCUUUCCGGUUCAUUGAUUGGCUUCAUGAUGCUGGUUGCUCUGUUUGGCAGGUUCUACCUCUUGUGCCUCCAGGAAGGAAGGCUAAUGAAGAAGGGUCGCCAUACUCGGGACAGGAUGCAAAUUGUGGUAACACACUCUUAAUUUCUCUUGAGGAGCUUGUAAAGGAUGGUUUGUUGAUGAAAAAUGAGCUUCCAAAUCCAGUAGUUUCUGACCGUGUGAACUUUUCUGCUGUUGCUGAGAUAAAGGAUCCCCUGGUAGCCAAGGCUGCAGAGAGGCUUAUCCUGAGUGACGGAGAGCUUAAACGUCAGCUUGAAGAUUUCCGCAAAGACCCCAAUAUCUUAGGUUGGCUUGAAGAUGCAGCUUAUUUUGCUGCUAUUGAUGAUGCUUUAAAUACCUUGAAUUGGUAUGACUGGCCAGAACCUUUAAAAAAUCGCCAUCUUGCUGCCUUAGAGGAGAUUUACCAAAGCAAAAGGGAUUUUAUAGAGAUAUUCAUUGCCCAACAGUUCUUGUUCCAGAGGCAAUGGCAGAAAGUACGCAGCUAUGCACGGGCAAAAGGAAUUAGUAUAAUGGGUGACAUGCCCAUAUAUGUAGGCUAUCACAGUGCUGAUGUAUGGGCAAAUAAGAAGCAUUUUUUGUUGAGUAGGAGUGGCUUUCCUCUUUUGGUUAGUGGUGUACCCCCUGAUGCCUUCAGUGAAACUGGUCAACUGUGGGGCAGCCCUCUCUAUGAUUGGAAAGCCAUGGAGAAAGAUGGAUAUUCAUGGUGGAUACGCCGGUUACGCCGAGCACAAGAUCUGUAUGAUGAAUUUAGGAUUGACCAUUUUAGAGGUUUUGCUGGUUAUUGGGCUGUUCCUUCUGAUGCAAAAAUUGCAUUGCUCGGAAACUGGAAGGCUGGACCUGGGAAAUCUCUAUUUGAUGCCAUCUCUGGUGCUUUUGGAAAUAUCAGAAUAAUAGCAGAGGAUUUGGGAGUUAUUACUGAGGAUGUCGUGCAGCUUAGGAAAUCUAUUGGUGCUCCUGGAAUGGCUGUCCUUCAGUUUGGUUUCGGAAGCGAUGCAGAUAACCCUCAUUUACCUCAUAAUCAUGAAGCCAAUCAAGUUGUAUACACUGGAACUCAUGAUAAUGACACGACUCGAGGCUGGUGGGAUAAUUUGAAGAAAAGGGAGAAGUCAAAUGUACUGAAGUAUCUUUCAAUUACUGAAGAAGAUGAUAUGCCAUGGGCACUCAUCCAAGCUGCAGUUGCAUCAGUGGCCCAAACUGCAGUAAUGCCCCUGCAAGAUGUUCUUGGACUGGGGAAUUCUGCCAGGAUGAACAUUCCAGCAACUCAGUUUGGAAAUUGGGGUUGGAGGAUACCUUCUUCAAUGAGUUUUGAUCAAAUGGCAAAAGAAGCAAAGAGACUGAGAGGUUUGCUUUCCAUGUAUGGACGGAUGUAGAGUCGCUUCUGCAGAUGCAAUAAAAAGCUUUUAACAAUUUUAAACUGAUACGUUCAUAGUUCUCAAGAAGUUAUAGACGAGUCAUUUUUGUUGUUGCAUUUAUUUUGUCCUACAUGACUAAGUCUGCACAUUUUCUUAUCUGUAGAGUUAGCUUAGUUUCUUGAAUUCAUAUGUCAUUUCAAACGAGCAAAGGAUUCAAUUUUUUUUUAUUUAUUUCCCUGUUCUCGUUCCUAAUUUGUUGUCCUACGAUUGAUUU